GGGGAGCCCGCUACGAGAGCCCUCGCUCCCCGCCGCUCUCCAUGAACCGGGCGAAAUAAGCCGCGCCUCCAGCAGGGGCUGCGCCUCCAUGAAUCCCUAGGCUUUUUUUUUUUUUUUUUUUUUUUGCCCCCUUUCUUUCCCCGCUCCUCGCCCCCCCCGCUCCGGGUCCCGUCCCGCCUUCUCCCCUCGCCAGCGGCGGCCGCGGCCAGGUGCGGAGCGCAGAGCGGAGCGCAAUGGCGGCCAACCCCGAACGGGGGGAGAUCCUGCUCACGGAGUUGCAGGGAGAUUCCCGAAGUCUUCCAUUUUCUGAGAAUGUGAGUGCUGUUCAAAAACUAGACUUUUCAGAUACAGUGGUGCAACAGAAACUGGAUGAUAUCAAAGAUCGAAUCAAGAGAGAAAUAAGGAAAGAACUGAAAAUCAAAGAAGGAGCUGAAAAUCUGAGGAAAGUCACAACAGAUAAAAAGAGUUUGGCUUACGUGGACAACAUUUUGAAAAAAUCAAACAAAAAAUUAGAAGAACUGCAUCACAAGCUACAGGAACUAAAUGCACAUAUUGUUGUAUCAGAUCCAGAAGACGUUACAGAUUGCCCAAGGACUCCAGAUACUCCCAACAGUGAUCCUCGUUGUUCCACUAGCAGUAAUAGAUUGAUGGCCUUACAAAAACAGUUGGAUAUAGAACUUAAAGUAAAACAAGGUGCAGAGAACAUGAUACAGAUGUAUUCAAAUGGGUCUUCAAAGGAUCGGAAACUCCAUGGCACAGCUCAGCAACUGCUCCAGGACAGCAAGACAAAAAUAGAAGUGAUACGAAUGCAGAUUCUUCAGGCAGUCCAGACCAAUGAAUUGGCUUUUGAUAAUGCAAAACCUGUCAUAAGUCCUCUUGAACUUCGAAUGGAAGAAUUAAGGCAUCAUUUUAGGAUAGAGUUUGCAGUAGCAGAAGGUGCAAAGAAUGUAAUGAAAUUACUUGGCUCAGGAAAAGUAACAGACAGGAAAGCACUUUCAGAAGCCCAAGCAAGAUUUAAUGAAUCAAGUCAGAAGUUGGACCUUUUAAAGUAUUCAUUAGAGCAAAGAUUAAAUGAACUUCCCAAGAAUCAUCCCAAAAGCAGUAUUAUUAUUGAGGAGCUUUCACUUGUUGCAUCACCAACACUAAGUCCACGUCAAAGUAUGAUUUCGACACAAAACCAGUAUAGCACACUAUCCAAACCAGCAGCCCUAACAGGUACUUUGGAAGUUCGUCUUAUGGGCUGUCAAGAUAUUCUAGAGAAUGUCCCUGGACGGUCAAAAGCAACAUCGGUUGCACUACCUGGUUGGAGUCCAAGUGAAACCAGAUCAUCUUUCAUGAGCAGAACAAGUAAAAGUAAAAGUGGAAGUAGUCGAAAUCUCCUAAAAACCGACGACUUGUCCAAUGAUGUAUGUGCAGUUUUGAAGCUAGAUAAUACUGUGGUUGGUCAAACGAGCUGGAAACCCAUUUCUAAUCAGUCAUGGGACCAGAAGUUUACACUGGAACUGGACAGGUCACGUGAACUGGAAAUUUCAGUUUAUUGGCGUGAUUGGCGAUCUCUGUGUGCUGUAAAAUUUCUGAGGUUAGAAGAUUUUUUAGACAACCAACGGCAUGGCAUGUGUCUCUAUUUGGAACCACAGGGUACUUUAUUUGCAGAGGUUACCUUUUUUAAUCCAGUUAUUGAAAGAAGACCCAAACUCCAAAGACAAAAGAAAAUUUUUUCAAAACAACAAGGCAAAACAUUUCUCAGAGCUCCUCAAAUGAAUAUUAAUAUUGCCACUUGGGGAAGGCUAGUAAGAAGAGCUAUUCCUACAGUAAAUCAUUCUGGCACCUUCAGCCCUCAAGCUCCUGUGCCUACUACAGUGCCAGUGGUUGAUGUACGCAUCCCUGAACUAGCACCUCCAGCUAGUGAUUCUACAGUAACCAAGUUGGACUUUGAUCUCGAACCUGAACCUCCUCCGGCCCCACCACGGGAUUCUUCCCUUGGAGAAAUAGAUGAAUCUGCUAAAUUAAGAGAUUUAGAUACACCAGCACAGGAUUCAGAAACUGUUUUUGAUAUUGAGAAUGACAGAAAUAGUAUACUUCCGAAAUCUCCAUCUGAAUAUGAACCUAAUAUUCCUCAACCAGGCCUAGGAUACAGUGGUAUUCGAGAACUUGAGGAUAGAAGAUCUCAACAGAUGUUUCAGUUUAAUCUACAAGACUUCAGAUGUUGUGCUGUCUUGGGUAGAGGACAUUUUGGAAAGGUGCUUUUGGCUGAAUAUAAACACACAAACGAGAUGUUUGCUAUAAAAGCCUUAAAGAAAGGAGACAUUGUGGCUCGAGAUGAAGUAGACAGCCUGAUGUGUGAAAAAAGAAUUUUUGAAACUGUGAAUAGUGUAAGACAUCCCUUUUUGGUGAACCUUUUUGCAUGUUUCCAAACCAAAGAGCAUGUUUGCUUUGUAAUGGAAUAUGCUGCCGGUGGGGACCUAAUGAUGCACAUUCAUACUGAUGUCUUUUCUGAACCAAGAGCUGUAUUUUAUGCUGCAUGUGUAGUUCUUGGGUUGCAGUAUUUACAUGAACACAAAAUUGUUUAUAGAGAUUUGAAAUUGGAUAACUUAUUGCUAGAUACAGAAGGCUUUGUGAAAAUUGCUGAUUUUGGUCUUUGCAAAGAAGGAAUGGGAUAUGGAGAUAGAACAAGCACAUUUUGUGGCACUCCUGAAUUUCUUGCCCCAGAAGUAUUAACAGAAACAUCCUAUACAAGGGCUGUAGAUUGGUGGGGACUUGGUGUUCUUAUAUAUGAAAUGCUCGUUGGUGAGUCUCCCUUUCCUGGAGAUGAUGAAGAGGAGGUUUUUGACAGUAUUGUAAAUGAUGAAGUAAGGUACCCAAGGUUCUUAUCUACAGAAGCCAUAUCGAUAAUGAGAAGGCUAUUAAGAAGAAAUCCUGAGCGGCGCCUUGGAGCUGGUGAGAAAGAUGCAGAGGAUGUAAAAAAGCACCCAUUUUUCCGGCUAAUUGAUUGGAGUGCUCUCAUGGACAAAAAAGUCAAGCCACCGUUUGUACCUACCAUUAGAGGACGAGAAGAUGUUAGUAAUUUUGAUGAUGAAUUUACCUCAGAGGCACCUAUUCUGACUCCACCUCGAGAACCAAGGAUACUUUCAGAAGAGGAGCAAGAAAUGUUCAGAGAUUUUGACUACAUUGCUGAUUGGUGUUAAGUUCCUAGACACUGUGAAACCAAGCACACUAACUCACAAGAAGACCUCUUAACAAUAGCAACCCUUCAUUUGCUGUCUGUGCCACCAGUAGCUUCUGAGUUUUUUUGUUUAAACACAUGAAGAUGUCUUUAAAAGUACUAUUCUAAAACCUUCUUGAAAGUGGCUUCUUAAUGUAUUUUCAACGUAAAUCUGAGCACUGGAAACAGUUUCAUGGAGUUUAAGUGGAAUGAACAUCGGCCAUGAAAACCUAUCACAAAUGAAUACUUUUGGAUCAAUAGUCUAUUUUUUAAAGAAAGAAAAAAAACAACCACUUUUCCACAGUCCCUAUCUAUUCCUUAUGCCUGCCUUAAGUGUAAGGAAGAUUAAUCAUUUCAUGUCAUUUAGCUAUAUUUUACAAAAAAAGAACAAAAAGGGCUUGGGAUGCUGUUAUUAUUCACACAUAGUAAUUGUUUGAAUAAGGCAAAUGCUCUUAUUUUUUUAAUGAAAUUACUGUAAUAUCAAAAAAAUGUAGUGGUAGUUUGUGCUCCUUUUUUGGCUUUUAAAAAAAAACAACUUGAUAUCUUGUUUUAUAAAUUUUCUAUAUUUAUUAGGAGAAAAUUUUUAUUGCCUUAUCUUUCCAACCAUGUAAUAGAGCCUCAUAGCCUUCCAACAGAGCUACUUGCCAAACAAUUUUUUGUUUAUUAAACCAUGUUGAAACAGGAACAACUAAAACAUCAGCAUUUACUUAAAAUUUUAAGAAUGAGGACUUCUGAUUAGCCUGAACCAAGAUACUGUAUUACCCGUAUGCAUUCCCAAAGUCUAGACAGUUAAUAUGUUCAAUCAUACCUUCUUCCAAAAUCAGUGAACUAAUUACUCCUUUUUUGAUAUUCAUUGUACAUUUACCAACCCAAUUUAUCUGUUAUGUCUACUGUAGAAGGGAACUAUAUCUGUUAAAACAUAGGGAUUAUCAUUGUAUACAUGCUGUGAACAUGUAUAUGUGCAAGUUGUAAUGUAUUCUGUGUUGUAGGUUUAUUAUUUAAUUUCACCCCUUCAUCACUUUUGUACAGUGGCCAAGCAGACACCUCAAACUCCAGCAUUUACGUUAAGUGCAUUUGUACAUUUUAGGCUACUGGAUCCAGAUUUUAUAUUGGCAGUUACUGAGGGCAAAAGCAAUAUAUUGUAACAGAAUGUAUAAAUAUUUUUGAUAAAACAGUCUAUAUUUUAUAAAAACUAUUAUAACACUAAAGCUGUACCUCAAAAGUCUCAAAAAUAAUUUGAUCAAAUACCUUUUACAACUUUUCAGAGGAUCCAUUUGUGGCUUUUUUUUAAUGCUCUUAUAGGAAAGUCUUUUGGCAAGCCAUGACUCUUCCACUUGCCUGGAGUUUUUUUGGUUUUUUCUUUUUGUUAGUUUUUUCAUUCUUUUCCUCCUAGUCUAUGACCUCACUGUUUUUCCUUAGUUCAAUAAUAACAUCUUUGAUUCCAUGCUCAGCAUGUUAGGAUCACCAUAUCUCAGGAAUAGCAAGUUGUUAACUAACCAUACUGAAUUAACCAUUUAAUCACAGUGAUCUCAUGUCUUAAAAAUUAUUCAAAUUUAAAUUCUAUGAGAAACAUAAAAGCACAUUGAUUUAUAGAAGAUUUAUAAAUAUUUCAGUCUUGCUAGGGUGUGUUGGCAUAUUUUUGUGUACUCUGAGAACAAUUAAAAUUGUUCAGAGAUAAUUCAUAUUUCCAUCCAAAUUGAUUAUUACCCAAGAUUCUUUGGGGGGGAAUCUUAGAGAAAGAGGGAAGGAUAUGUUAUUUAAAGUUAUUUUAAAAUGCCAGUUAACUUCCUCAUUAAAGGACAGUAGAGGAUCUUAUCUUAAUUGGCGAAUUUACAGUGUUAGCACAUUAAAAAAACACUAAAUACUUUUGAGGUACAGUCUGCUCACCUUUUCUGGUUCUCAAAUAUGCAUAGAAAGCAAUGUCUAAAAUAGGCUUUUAGCAUUAAAAACUGACAUAGCAUUUUGUAACUACACAGUGUACAGAAAUUUUUAAUUAAAGUCAAUCACUAAAAAGAUUAGAGGGCAGGGUAUAUCACACAAUUAAGCUGAAGAAAGCACUAAUAUUUUCUGUAGUUUUUAAAAUAUAUAUAUAUAUUUUAGUCAGAUUUAAAAAUUUUAAACUAUAGAGUGUAAAUAUAUUUUGCUAUUACUGUAUGUGUAAGUGACUGCUCAAGCACUUUGUAAGGAAAUUAUUAGUAUAUUUUAGAAUGGUACACUAUGCAUUCAAAUGAAAUGUGCCUUUAUGUCAUUCUAAGAAAAAGUGUUUUGCAGUCAUAAAUUACCACAAAUGCACAAAUUAAAGUUUAAAUAGAUUAUAAUUUGUAACUUUGGUUUUUAAGUAUUAUUUCCUUUUGGAAACUUCCUGUUGGUCAAAGUAUGUCUUAGCUCAACUAUACUCAAGAUCUCAAAGACUAACUGCUUAGCUUUCUUGCAAGUGCUUUUUGUCUUGGUAGGGCAAAAUCUGAUUCAGAGCAAAUUGUCCACUUCACUGUUAGUAAUGGGGAAAGUUUGCAUUCUACUUCUGUAAGAUCAAUAAUGUCUUUUAUUCAGUGGAUAUUAUAGGAUACCAUCAGUGUGCUACACACUGAGGAUAGAAAGGUGAAAAAAGAUCAGAGUCUUAAUAAAUGAAAAACAGUGUGCAUUAAAAUGCAAGCACCAGUAA